AUGGACGAAUUCCAGUCUGGGGAACUCUGCGCCUAUUACCGCCUCUGUCGAUACUUGGGCAUAUUCUGCAUCGACUACAAUCCCUCUAAGAAAAAGUUUCAUUUGCGUCGCAGUGCCAUCUGCUAUGUUGUGCACUUUGCCAUUCAGGCCUACUUGGUCGGAUGCAUGGCCGUCCUGGUCAUCUACUGGCGCCAAUGCUUCAAGAGGGAACUAACCAAAACUGGCAACCACUUCGACAGAUUGGUAAUGGUUCUGGCUCUGGGUAUACUUGUGGUGCAGAAUGCCUGGCUCAUCUGGCUACAGGCUCCUCAUUUGCGUAUCGUUAGGCAAAUAGAGCUGUGUCGCCGAAAGCAAUUGGGCCACCUCCGGCUGGUGCUGCCCAAACGUCUGCUCUGGCUUAUAAUUGGAACAAAUCUCCUCUACAUGGCCAAUUUCAUCAAGACCUGUGUGUUUGAGUGGCUAUCGGAAGCAUCGCGUCUCUUUGUGGUCACCUCGCUGGGGUUUCCACUGCGCUAUUUGGUCACCAGCUUCACCAUGGGCACCUAUUUCUGCAUGGUGCACAUUGUGCGCCUCGUCCUGAGCUGGAAUCAGUCCCAGAUCACGGCCAUUCUUGAGCAUUCCGGGGAUCCCAAGCAAGUCAGCGCCAAUCUUCUACGCAUGCGCGGCUGCCUGGAGCUGCACGAUCGCUUGGUGCUUCUCUGCAAUGUGGAGAUUAGCCUCGUUUAUGGAUUCAUCGCCUGGCUAUCCUGGAUGUUUGCCUCGUUGGAUGUCACCGGAGUGAUCUACUUGACCAUGGUGAUUCAAAAUAAUAAGCCAAUUGGCCUAAAGCUGCUGACAAACAUUGUGUGGCUCUCACCCACUUUGAUGACCUGUGCCGCCGCUUUCAUGAGCAACCGCGUGGCCGUUCAGGCAAAUAAAACCGCAAAGAUAUUGGCCAAAGUACCCAGAACUGGCACUGGUUUGGAUCGAAUGAUUGAGAAAUUCCUAUUGAAAAACCUACGACAGCAGCCCAUUCUAACAGCCUACGGGUUUUUUGCAUUGGAUAAAAGCACCUUGUUUAAGCUCUUCACCGCCAUCUUCACAUACAUGGUCAUAUUAGUACAGUUCAAGGAAAUGGAAAACACCACCAAGUCUAUUAACAAAUUUGAAUGA